CGCGGCUCCGCACGGGCCUCGGCCGCCGCCAUUUUGUUGGCGCCGGGCGCUGCGGUCGGGGCGGGAAGGGCUGGGAAUCGUUGGUCGGCUCCUCCCUCGUCGGGGCCGAGAGGCGGGGACUGAGCGCGGCCCGGCCGGGACAGGGACGGAGCGGCAGGGCCCAACGUGGUGCAGCGAUGUCGGCGUUCUCGGAGGCGGCGCUGGAGCGGAAGCUGUCGGAGCUGAGCAACUCGCAGCAGAGCGUGCAGACCCUGAGCCUGUGGCUCAUCCACCACCGCAAGCACUCGGCGCUCAUCGUCAGCGUGUGGGAGCGGGAGCUGCGCAAAGCAAAACCAAAUAGGAAGUUGACAUUCCUGUACUUGGCCAACGAUGUCAUACAGAACAGCAAAAGGAAAGGACCAGAAUUUACAAAAGACUUUGCUCCUGUAAUAGUGGAGGCUUUUAAGCAUGUUUCAAGUGAGUCUGAUGAGAGUUGUAAGAAACACCUUGGCCGAGUGCUGUCUAUCUGGGAAGAAAGGUCUGUUUAUGAAAAUGAUGUAUUAGAACAACUUAGGCAAGCUUUGUAUGGAGACAGAAAGGUGAGGAAGCGCACAUAUGAACAGAUCAAAGUUGAUGAAAAUAACUGUUCACCUCGAAGUUCUCCCACUGAUCCUCCUCAGACCACAGAUCUCAUUAGAGCAUUACAAGAACUAGAAAAUGCUGCCUCUGGGGAUGCAGCAGUUCACCAGAGAAUAGCUUCCUUGCCUAUAGAGGUCCAGGAUGUGUCCCUGUUAGACAGAAUAACAGAUAAGGAAUCUGGAGAGCAACUUUCCAAAAUGGUAGAUGAUGCAUGUAUGUUGCUGGCGGAUUACAAUGGCAGGUUGGCAGCUGAAAUAGAUGAUAGAAAACAGCUAACUCGAAUGUUAUCAGACUUUCUCCGAUGUCAAAAAGAGUUCCUUGCAGAGAAAGAACAUAAGCUGGAAGAGUACAAACGCAAGUUAGCCAGAGUGUCCCAAGUACGGAAAGAACUCAGGUCACGCAUCCAGAACCUGCCUGAUCUCUCUCGACUUCCCAAUGUCACGGGCAGCCACGUACACCUACCGUUUGCAGGAGACAUCUACAGCGAUGACUGAUUCCCAAACAUCCCCCCAUAACCUCUGCUUUUCUGUGAAAUGAGGGGUAGGCCAGACCGAUCGGUACUCUUGUAGUAUUAUUUUUGUAUAUUGUUGCAGAGUGUCAGUAAAAAUACUUUAAUAAUUUAUAAAAAAUGGUUUAAAAAGUUGAUUUGUUUACUAUUUUAUUGGUGAGUGAACAUAAGGGUACAUUUAUAAAAGUGGCAUCUCUGUCUGUUACAUGGAAGAAUGAAUAAUUAUCUUUUGUAAAGAUUUUAGUUGGGUGCCCUGUAAAAAAACAUGCUAAGAUUUUUCUUAUGUACCCUAUAUUUAAUGUAGAUCAAUAUAUAAUCAAAACAUAAUUCUAACUUGAGACAUUUCCGUUGCUAGUGGGAGAGUGAAACAUGGAAGUCACAGGCUUAGGUUUGCAAGAAGGCCAAUGCAAUUUAAUGCAAAGUUAAAAAUUAAAAAUGAUCUUACUGUCCAUUACAUUUAAAUUACCCACUCCCAAAACAAUGUGGGUUUUUUUGAAGUAAAUGCUAAUAACCAAUUUGCUAUUGGAAAAUAUUAAUCAUGUUACACUGAGCAGAUCUUCAGACGACUCAAAAUACUACAAUAUUUUUGUAUCAUUUAGAAGUCAGCAUGUAGAAACUAUAAAAUUGGUCAGUUUAAUUAUGUUUUGAAAUUGUAGCUUUUUACAGCUGCUUAGUUUCUAAAUCGAGGGACCAUUCAUUUGCAAUCUAAUCCCGUUCUGGAACAUCUGUUUCCAUCUAAAAAGGUUAAUCCCAAAAAUGUGAAGCUAUUUUACAGUUUUAAUUAAAUUGAAAGGUCAUUCUCUAAACUGUCUCAGUUGCUAAGUGCCCGUUAUUAAAAUUUGACAAUGUACCAUCCGUACAUGCAACAAAAUGGUGAUACAGCUAUACUGUACAUCCUCUUCCACUGAGAAACCCUGGACGCCAGCAUGGGCUAUCACCACCCCACCUUCACCUGCUCCAGCAAAUAUUUCUAAAUCUUGGUUGUCUUUUUCUCGCACAACAGGAGGAGACUGUUCAGGCCUGUGUGUAACUCAAACAGCAGAAAGCUAUUGCCCAGUUAAAAAACUCUGUUGCAUGCCUUAAAUGUGGUAUUUGUCUGGGAACAGCUGAAUUUGUGAAGAAUCCUCAUUUCCAUACUAUGCAUCAGCUUUUAAGUUCACUUAAAAACUUAAAGAUACAGAUAGGCAUUUAGCACAUUGCCAGAAAGUUACGGCUUUUCAAUUUACCGGAAUGAGCCAUGUAAUCAUUGAGUGAUUUUAAAUAUGCCUACCUGUACCUUUGGCAUUUUGAUGACCUAAAAAACCUGGGCUGCAAGUGUUUUGAGUUGGAUAUAUCAUAGGACUGUUUUAUGAUUGCAUUUUGUCCAUGGUUUUACACUUGUUGGGCAUUGUUUUGUACCAGUUCACUUCACAGUUUACAAGUUUAAUACACCUCACAUGAAAUCAAAUUUUUUACAAAAAGCUGUUCUUUCUUUUCAAACCCCACAACAAUUCAAAAUAGUCCUGGAGUGAAAUUGUUCAAGGUAGUUAUCUGUCACUUGUUACUGGCUUCUACAGGGUUAAUCAUUAGAAUAGUUGUAGGAUGUGAAUGGAGAAUAACCACUCUCUUUAAAAUAGAUACACUUGGACACAGGCAUCUCAAUCCAGUUACUUUUUCUCAUGGAAGUUGAAAUAAACAGGACAGGAGACUUUUCUCCUUUUAAUGCCUUUAUUAAAAGUGAUCAGCUCAAGAUUAGGAAGCCCGACAGUCUGCAGUCUCCGUCUUCUUUCCCAGCGUGGCUCAGAGGAAGAGGAUAUGCGCAGCUUUGUCCACUAGGGGCAGAGCUGGGGGUCCAGUCCUCGUGGUAGCUUUGGGCGGGACCCUGGUCUUUCUCGCUUUCCACUGCUUCCUGGCUCUGGGUCCCGUUCCAGAUGACUUCCGUAGUCAGGGCGAGGGGCACAAGGGUCCCUCAACAUCUCUGCAGGCCCAGCACUCUGUUCCUCAUGUCCAGGCACCACUCUAAUUUCUUAAUUUCUCUCCCACUGACUGGGGAGAAGAGCUCUCAACCCAGCCCUGGCUAGGGUCUUUAGUGAUAUAAAAAGAACGAUUAACGCUAAUGACUUGUAAUUAUCAUAACAACAAGUAGCACUGCAGCCGCACUGGUCUGAUAGGUUUCUGUAACUUUUUCUACAAAAAAAAUUGGCAGAAUUUUGUUCAUAACAGUCCCCCCUCUUUUUCUUUGAUCGAAAUUUAAUUUAAUUUUAAGCUUAA